AUGGGCAAGAGCUUCGACAAGAGGCUCAAGGAGCUCGGAGCGGCGCCGUUCCACGCUCCCGCCUUCGCCGACGAGGCCACCAACAUGGAGGAGACGAUCGAGCCCUGGCUGACCGGCCUUUUCUCCUCCCUCGAAUCCCUCCGCGGCGGGGGCGGGGCCAACAAGGCCGAAGAGAAGCCACCGCAAGCGGUGGCGGAGGGGGGGCUGGAAGAAGCCUCGCAGGCCGCACAGACCCCUGGAGUAGCGAACGGGCAGCCAUCCCCGAGCGGGGUGGACACGACCGGGCGGGGGGAGGAAGGGAACGGUGAGCAGGCGGCGGCAACGGCGGCGGCGGCGGCGGCGGUGGCGGUGGCGGCAAAAACAGGGAGUUCUUCGGCGGCUGGUGCGGGUACCGUCGCGGAAUCGCGGUCCGCUCCCGCUCUGGCGACGACACCUCCGACCAAUGGGAGCGGAGGUGGCUCUCCCGGUGCCACUCGAGACAGCACCGCCGCCGCUGAAACCAAGGCGCCACCGACCCCGCAGCAGCCUCCGACGGUAGCAGCAGCAGCAGCAGCAGCAGCAGCAGCAGCAGCAGCCGGGGAUGCCGGUGGGAAGGUGUUGCUGAAGGCGGCGGCGGGAGGCGGGGGGAGCAAGGCGGUGGUGGCACCAGGGGAAAGCGAACCGCUGCCAACGCACAGGUGCCGGCGAACACGACAUGCAGCGGUGUGA